CGUCAAAAAUCAAAAAGAAUCAAACUUAAUUGAUUCAUGAAAUUUUUAUUUUCGUGUAGUUAUAAUUGUUAAAAUUUAUAUAUAUUUUUUUUACAAAUUUUGAAAAAAUGUCUGUAGAGUAGUAAAAUUAUGAAUUAAAUUUAUACAGUUUAGCAUUUUAAUGCAUUGUAGGAUUAAUUCUGACGAGAACAAGAUGUUAGAAUUCGGUCAAAGUCAAUAAUUACAGAAUAUAAACAAUAUCUAUUCCUAACUUAUUACUAUUGAGAUAAAAUGGAAAACGGCACCUUGAAUAAUGAACAAAAAAAAGCAUUGGCAGAAUUUAUUGAAGUUGUAAAUCGUAUGAGAAAGGUUCAAAAUAAACCUUUGAUAUCUCAAUCAACAGCAAUAAAAUUUUUGUGUGCCAGGAAGUUUGAUGUCGCAAGAUCUAUAAUUUUACAUGAACAACAUGAAGAAACAAGACUACGAGAAGGCUUAUUUAACUUUAGCUGUGCAGUUGAACCAUUAAAAAGUGAACUGCAAACCCAAAAAUUUACAAUUUUGCCAACUCGAGAUUCAACUGGUGCUGCAAUUGCUAUAUUUACAGCCCGAUAUCAUACUCCAAAUUUUUCAUCUCAUCAAACUACUUUACAAGGAAUUGUUUAUCAACUGGAUAUAGCUCUUGAAAAUAUCAAAACUCAACGAUGUGGACUUGUUUUCAUUUAUGAUAUGUCUGAUUCUAAGUAUGCAAAUUUUGAUUAUGAUUUAAGUCAAAAAAUCUUGACACUUCUAAAGGGAGGAUAUCCAGCCAAACUGAAAAAAGUACUAAUUGUUACAGCUCCAUUAUGGUUUAAAGCACCAUUUAAAAUUCUAAGGCUGUUUGUAAGAGAAAAAUUAAGAGACAGAGUAUUUACAAUAAGUUUACCACAGUUGACUCAGUACAUUCCCAGAGAAUCAUUGCCAAAACACUUAGGUGGCACUAUUGACAUUGAUCAUAAUAAAUGGUUAACUUAUUGUUUAAACUAUAUGACGAAUAGUGAGAAAUAUGGAAGUUCGGAUAUGUCCGAACACAUAUGUAAUUCAAAUAAUACUAAAAAAGAAGUUGAUCCUGAUCCUAAAGUGAAUAACGUAAUUGGUGAAAACAAUAUUGAAAGAAGUGCAAUAGUUAAAAAUAAUUUAUCGUCAGGUUGGACAUGCAAUACAGCCAAUUCAAGAGAAGAAAGCUCUCCAAUGCCUACUUCAUCAGUUAGCAGUGGGUUUUCAGACGAUGACAGUUUGCGUUGUGAUUCUAGUCAAAGUUUAACCAUUAGUCAAUUUAUUGAUCAUGUAUUAAAGAAAAAGAGAACUGGACUUAUGAAAGAAUAUGAAGAAAUUAAAACUCGAUCACCAGAUGGAACCUUUACUGCUUCUAGGGUGCGGGCAAAUUUGUUGAAGAAUCGUUAUACGGAUGUGCUAUGCUAUGACCAUACAAGAGUGUUGUUAGCUCAAUCAGAUAACGAUCCUCUAUCAGAUUAUAUUCAUGCUAAUUUUGUAGAUGGUUACAAGCAGAAAAAUGCAUUUAUUUCAACUCAAGGACCUUUACCACACACAUGUGCUGAUUUCUGGCGAAUGAUCUGGGAACAACAAGUACUUGUAAUUGUAAUGACUACUAAAGUUUUUGAAUGUGGGAAGGUCAAAUGUGAACAAUAUUGGCCUCCUGAAGAAUCAUCUGAAGAUCAAAUGUAUCACAAUUUUAAAAUAUCAACAAAUUCUGUUAAUAAAUUUGAUAACUAUGUUGUCACAAGACUUGAAAUCACAUACACUAAUACAAAUGAAGUUAGACAAGUUUCUCAUUUUCAAUUUAAUUCAUGGCCUGAUUUUGGUGUUCCGCAUAGUGCAGUAGCUAUGUUGGAUUUUCUUGGUAAAGUGAGAAAGUGUCAAUCAUCUAUGUUACAAGUUCUUGGAGAUAAAUGGGCAGGUCAUCAAAAAGGACCACCUAUUGUAGUGCAUUGUUCUGCUGGCAUUGGAAGAACAGGAACAUUUUGUACUCUAGACAUUUGUAUUAAUCGUCUGGAAGAUACUAAUACUGUUGAUAUUAAGAGUUCAGUAGAACGAAUUAGAUCACAACGUGCAUAUUCUAUUCAAACUGCUGAACAAUAUGUAUUCUGCCACUUGGCUCUUAUUGAGUAUGCACUGGCAAGAGGUUUUAUUAGCACGCCUCCAGAUCUUAGUGAAUUGAAUUCACUUGAUGAUUCAGACUGAAUAGUUAGCUAGCAUUGUAACUUAUUUAAUAAAUUUCCUUUAAAUUGUUAAUACAAUAUUAUGUAUAUGGAUAAUCAGAAAUAAGGGUGAACAUAUAUGGUCUAUAUGUGAUUGUUUCUAAUAAACUAUUAAAUUUUAUGAUA